CGCUGUAAAUCCGCUCCUCCUCCGCUGUUUUGUUCCAGAGCCCCGUCCCUCUUUCAGCCAUGGCGAUGCACGCUAAGGCCACUCCGCCCCAGAUCCCCGACACCCGCAGGGAGCUGGCGGAUCUGGUCAAGAGGAAGCAAGAACUAGCCGAGACCCUGGUGAACUUGGAGCGACAGAUCUAUGCGUUUGAAGGCAGUUACUUAGAAGACACUCAGAUGUAUGGCAACAUCAUCAGAGGAUGGGACCGCUACCUCACCAACCAGAAAAACUCCAACAGUAAAACUGACAGAAGAAACAGGAAAUUCAAAGAAGCUGAACGUCUUUUUAGCAAAUCAUCAGUCACUUCUGUUGCAGCGGUGUGCGCGCUCGGAGGGAUUCCAGAUCACAUGAACGAGAAGCGAGAGGCGGGCAGCGGCACAGAGAGUGACACAUCUCCAGACCUCCAGAACCAGGAGAAUGAGCCAAGCCAAGACGACACAGAAGAACUGGACUCUGCUCUACAGGACCUAAAGCCCCAGAAGGCAGCAUCUUCCUCCUCCUCCAGCUCCCAUCACAACUCCCACAAGAAGAGGAAGAACAAGAACAGGCACAGGUUUGACAUGAAGGUGAACAAGAAACCAAGAGCGGACUACUCGACCUGAGCCCUCUGGACCUCUCUCUCUUUUCUCCUCUCCUCUCUCUCCUCUGUAUUCACUCUCUGCUGUCUCCUCUCUCUCUCCUCUCUCUUCUGUCUCUCCUCUCUCUGUCACUUCUCUCCAGAUCGGAACGUUUUUGGACUUUUGUACGUGUGUUUUUCCUUCACAUUCCGGUCUCUCUCGUGGAUCAGGACAUUUGUCUGUCAGUGGCAGUGCUGCAUGUCCCACACAGACCUCUGCUUAGUGUUAAAGACUGUAUUUAUUAUCGUCUAUGGAGAAUCACACCAUUUUCACGUAUUGCUUUUUGUUAAACAUUGUAUAUUGGCCCAUAUUAUUUUUACAUGGUUUGUUUUACAAAAAAGAAUAAAAUACCAUUGGGUGAAAA